AUGACCCUCAUCGGCGCGCAGGUUGUGGUCAUCGGCAUCGGCCCCCGAGUGCAGAUUCGGUAUAUCUCACAAACACAGGGUUUGCCAGCUGAAUAUUUAUUAAGUGCAGGGACAAAGACAACUAGGUUUUUCAACCGUGACACAGACUCGCCGUAUCCUCUGUGGAGGCUGAAGACACCAGAUGACCAUGAAGCAGAGACGGGGAUUAAGUCAAAAGAAGCAAGAAAGUAUAUUUUCAACUGUCUAGAUGACAUGGCCCAGGUGAACAUGACAACAGACUUGGAAGGGAGCGACAUGUUGGUGGAAAAGGCAGACCGGCGGGAGUUCAUUGACCUGUUGAAGAAGAUGCUGACCAUAGAUGCCGAUAAGAGGAUCACUCCGAUCGAAACCCUGAACCACCCCUUUGUCACCAUGACACACUUACUCGACUUUCCCCACAGCACACACGUCAAAUCAUGUUUCCAGAACAUGGAGAUCUGCAAGCGCCGGGUGAAUAUGUAUGACACCGUGAACCAGAGCAAAACCCCUUUCAUCACGCACGUGGCCCCCAGCACGUCCACCAACCUGACCAUGACCUUCAACAACCAGCUGAACACUGUCCACAACCAGGCUCCCACCUCCACCAGUGCCACUAUUUCCUUAGCCAAUCCCGAAGUCUCCAUACUAAACUACCAAUCUGCACUCUACCAGCCCUCAGCGGCAUCCAUGGCUGCAGUGGCCCAGCGGAGCAUGCCCUUGCAGACGGGAACAGCCCAGAUUUGUGCCCGGCCUGACCCCUUCCAGCAAGCUCUCAUCGUGUGUCCACCUGGCUUCCAAGGAUUGCAGGCCUCUCCCUCUAAGCACGCUGGGUAUUCUGUGCGAAUGGAAAAUGCUGUUCCCAUCGUCACUCAAGCCCCAGGAGCUCAGCCUCUUCAGAUCCAACCAGGUCUGCUUGCCCAGCAGGCCUGGCCGAGUGGAACCCAGCAGAUCCUGCUUCCGCCGGCGUGGCAGCAGCUGACUGGAGUGGCCACCCAUACAUCAGUGCAGCAUGCAACUGUGAUUCCUGAGACCAUGGCAGGCACCCAGCAACUGGCCGACUGGAGGAACACGCAUGCUCACGGCAGCCAUUACAAUCCCAUCAUGCAGCAGCCUGCACUCUUGACUGGUCAUGUGACCCUUCCAGCCGCCCAGCCCUUAAAUGUGGGCGUGGCCCACGUGAUGAGGCAGCAGCCAACCAGCACCACCUCCUCCCGGAAGAAUAAGCAGCACCAAUCCUCUGCGAGAAAUGUCUCCACCUGCGAGGUGUCCUCCUCUCAGGCCAUCAGCUCCCCUCAGCGGUCCAAGCGCGUCAAGGAGAACACACCGCCGCGCUGCGCCCUAGUGCACAGCAGUCCGGCCUGCAGCUCCUCCGUCACGUGCGGCUGGGGUGACGGGGCCUCUAGCACCACCAGGGAGCGGCAGCGGCAGACGAUUGUCAUUCCUGACACCCCCAGCCCCACGGUCAGCGUCAUCACCAUCAGCAGCGACACUGAUGAGGAGGAGGAACAGAAGCACGCCCCCACCAGCACUGUCUCCAAGCAGAGGAAAAACGUCAUCAGCUGUGUCACGGUCCAUGACUCUCCCUACUCCGACUCCUCCAGCAACACCAGCCCCUACUCCGUGCAGCACCGCGCCGGGCACAACGCCAGCACCUUCGACACCAAGGGGAGCCUGGAGAAUCACUGCACCGGGAACCCCCGAACCAUCAUCGUGCCACCCCUGAAAACCCAGGCCAGCGAAGUGUUGGUGGAAUGCGACAGCCUGGUGCCAGUCAACACCAGUCACCACUCGUCCUCCUACAAAUCCAAGUCCUCCAGCAACGUGACCUCCACCAGCGGCCACUCUUCAGGGAGCUCGUCCGGAGCCGCUGGCUACCGGCAGCAGCGGCCGGGGCCUCAUUUCCAGCAGCAGCAGCCUCUCAACCUCAGCCAGGUAAGCCCCGCCGACGGCAGGCUCCGCUUCAGAGAGGACGGCACUGUGCACCCCCACCUGGCCGCCGCCGCCGCCGCCGCCCACCUCCCCACCCAGCCCCACCUCUACACCUACACAGCGCCCGCAGCCCUGGGCUCCACCGGCACUGUGGCCCACCUGGUGGCCUCCCAGGGCUCGGCACGUCACACCGUGCAGCACACUGCCUACCCGGCCAGCAUCGUCCACCAGGUGCCCGUGAGCAUGGGCCCCAGGGUGCUGCCCUCGCCCACCAUCCACCCGAGUCAGUAUCCGGCCCAGUUUGCCCACCAGACGUACAUCAGCGCCUCGCCAGCCUCCACCGUCUACACUGGAUACCCACUGAGCCCCGCCAAGGUCAACCAGUACCCUUACAUAUAAACACUGGAGGGGGGGCGAGGGGCGUGGCUGCGGGGACGGGGAGAGGAGGAGGGACCUUGGUGGGAGCCGGGCUUUUCAUACUGAAGAUGCCGCACAGAAACAAUGCAAACGGGGCAGGGGAGGGGGCCGGGCAGGGCUGGGACGGGACGCAAACGAAACUUGAACUAGGAAGUGGGAGGACUUAGAGCAGAGAAGAGGACAUUUUAAAAAUGAAGGGAUUCAGGAAGGGGGAAUCUAUGCUUUUUAUUUUAAAAAAGAAAAAGGAAAAAAAAAGAAAACGUCAGUAACAACAACAAAAAAAACACAGUUCAUGAACCCAUUCUGCACCAAACGGGGAAGGAGAAGAAGAAUGUGAUGGAAGAUUCUGGAAGUGGGGGGCCCCAGUUUUUGAAGAACUUUAUGAACUUUUCAAAAGAUUAUUUUCAUAUGGCAGCAAGUGACAUUUAAGAAUUUGCUGUCAGGGGACACCUGCUAUGGAAAUCCAAUAGAUUUUUAAUUAUUGAACAUGAGAAUUAGGGAUUUUUCCAGAACUCUAAAGGGUCAGCAGCCCUCUGGAAGUUCAGGCCAUGACCUGGGGAGGCUGAUAUUUGGGGGUUGGUCUGGGGUGGGCAAAGCCCAGUUCUGGCUCACUCGAGACCGGUAGGGGGUGGCCAGGCUGAAGGAAGACCGCCUCCCCCCAGGAGAGGGCACAUUUUCUCUUUCUGAGCACUCUGGAUAAAUCCCUAAGCAAUGUUACUCCUCAGAUGUCAUUAAUAAUGUGUGUUGCAAACUUUAGGGUUUUUUUUUUUUUCUUUUCUGAAGAUUUAUUUUCUCUUUGAAUCAGUCCCUAGUCACAUAGCGUAGGGCAGCGGUCGCCGACACCCUAGUGGAAUGUAGCACUCUACACCCUUGUUUUCUGCUUUGUGUUCAACUCCAAUGAUACCAAUAGACUAUUCCUCAGUGUAAUUGCACAAAAAAAAAAAAGCGAUAUAACAUAGGCAUGUAACCAAUGUGGUGGUCCAGGCGUGUGAGCGUGAGCGAGCGUGAGCGAGCACGUGUGGGUGUGAGCGCGGCCGCCGCCCUUCCCGUGUGUCCCCGGGCACGCGGCCGUCACGGCCCCCGCGGUCUCGACCUGACAUCAUUCCGUCCUAGUGCCUUACCGACGACAGACGCGUGAGGGUUCACGUCCGAGGAGCUGACGGAGGCGAGUCAGAGCAUCGCAGCUCGUCUUUUCUGCUGUUGCAACGUUUUACUCUGGUCUUUCCUUUUUUUCUUUUUUUUUUUUUUUUUUUUAAUUUUAAUUUUAUUUCAAUACCAGUUGUCGUUCUCGGGCUGUUUACUAGCAGAGGGGUGUCAGGGCACCGGCAGGGCUGGGAGAGCCCGCCGAAGUUGAGAGGUGAUGGUGUUCGUUGACUUUUAUAUGGAGACAGAGCAAAAAAGACUUGCCACCCCACGCCCUCACCCCACCCUGCCCCAAGUCCUACCCGUGCGGCCGGCUCUGCCGUUGGUGGGACCAGAGGUCCCCUCUGUUUUUGCCAGACAGCUGCCUCCUUCCCAAUGUGGCAGGGAUGGAGGAGAGGAGGCCACCUUUAGCCUCCAGGCCCGGCGCACCCUUCCUGUCGCCGUCUGCGGGCUGGAGCGAGGGUCCGGGCCGCCGCCCGAGUUCUCAGAUGCCCCGCCGGCUCCUCUGGCUGCCCGGCUGUGUUUCGCUCUGUCUCGCCAGACACGCCCGUCUGUAAACAGCCGUCACCCCGUUCGCUGCUGAGUCUUCCCUCAUGUUACCCAGGUCUCCCCACGACAGACGGUUUUGCUUUUCGAGGGCUCUGGCGGGCGGAAGGUGGGCGGGACAUUUACGAGGGUGACCGGGGGUCUCACACUGCACCUUGGAAAACACUCCCGCUGCCCGUUAUGUUUCCAAAGAAAUGAGCCCUUCGCCCUCUUGCACCUUUGAUACGUUCUGGAAGUUUCCUCAGGCUUCGAACCUGCUGGGGAUGGGGUUCACAGCAAGUUAUGCUUACACACGUGAACGGUGGGAGACUGUCUGACCAUAGGCCUUCAAAAGGUGGUGGUCCUGCUUGUCUGAUGCUCGAUGCUGGGUUCCUAAGUGACCGCAAAGCCAAGUGUCCAAGGUGCAACGAGGGGUCCCCAGUGUCGGCAGUCCACCCCCAUCCUCCGCCUCCCUUCCUCACUCUGCAGCCCCCCUUAACGAUCUACUGUGAAAGGUGUUUUUAUAGUGGUAUCUGACCUAAUUCAAUGAGGAAGCCAAACCGUUUCCUUAGCUCUUAGCUGUGAAAUGUGAAAUAACUCUGGAAAUGUCCCUUCCCCGACCAUAAGUUCUACUUACCUUACAAAAAAAUCGGUCCCCAAACUGGAACCAGCUUAGUCCAGGCCUUAGGCUGGAAGGAAGGACACCGUGACCCACUAAAGGCGGGGCACACCUGGGCACACCUGGGCACCCGCAGGACGAGACGCUCCUCCUGCAGCCACGAUCUGUGGUCUCCAGAAGUGGGCAAGGGCCGUCGUUCUGUGGUCUCUCUCCAGAAGCGGGAACGUGGCCGGGUCAGAGAGGGCGGGGGAGCCAGGUCUGCAGGACACGGGAGCCAGAGCCCCCCUGGUCCCCCGCCCAGUUCCGCAGGUCUCGGCUGCGGCCCAGCCUGCAUUUGCCUUACUGGGUAGCAUCCCGGAUCCCCUCGCACAGUUCACUUCCAGCCCUUUCUACAUCUGAUUUUUUACGGGAAGAGACAACACAGCCUUCCAUUUUAAAGAAAAUGAUUUCGUCUACUAAGUUGAAAGUCUGACUCUUUCACCUGACAUGUUUUCCUUUUCUUCCAGAUCAGGAAUGAAAGUUCCGUGCUGCUCAUAAAGAUAAUAUUAUUGUACUAAUUAUUUUGGUUAUUGCCAUUGUAAUUAUUAUCAUUGUUAUCAUCCUGUUGAUAUUUUAGUUGGGGUUUGAAAUGCACACUUAUUCCAUGUAUCUUUGUGUUUUCUCUUUAAUAUUUAAACUUAUUAUAUCUGUGAGUAUGUGAGUAGACAGGAGGGACAUACAGAUGUCCAGUUUUGUCAGACAGAAAAAAAAAAAAAGAAGGAAAGACCAGGAAUUAGGAAAAUUCUGUCAUCUCUGUUCCACAAAGAGCUGUCAAAAAGGUUCACCACAGAACCGAAGUUUGGAGGCCUUUUCCUGUCCAGGCCAGAUCAGGCCCUUGACAACACGGUCCCCAUCAGUAGUGUGUGUUUCUAGACUCGAGUCCUGGGAGGGGAUCUGAGGAAGCGUCUCGUGGGCUGAACCCCCCGGCCGUGGCCUUCUCUCUCGCUUCCUGUGCUCUCCUUGCUUCUGAAGUCUGCCAGCUAGAUCCGUGGCCUGCCUCACAUCUGCUAUUUACCUGGAAAGCAAAAAACAAACAAGCAAAAAACCCUCUGCCCAGCGCUUGCCCAGUGCUGACCCAGCCCCUCUCCCAAACGCCCUCUCUUUUCCCGUCGGGGCAGCGGGGCUGUGGCAGAGGCGGUUGGCCCUUCCUUGAAGCCACCGGGUGUAACGAGCCGAUGUGAGGGUGCCAGGCGGGCGCCGCCUUCCCCUGGGAAACUUAGGCCUUGCUUCUCCCUCGCUCACCGCACUGCCUGCUCCCCCGCGUGCCCCCCGCGUACCCCACCGUGCGUCUUCUCGGCAUGCAGCUCUAGGGACGUGUCUGGGAGUCCGAGAAAGAUGGGGGGAUGGUAGGAGGCCAGAGGACAUUGACAAAGCCUAGAGGCCCCCCCCCGACACUGCGCUCCACACCCCCGCUUGAAAUCACUGGCCAGCCUGGGGCACAGCGGGGCCUCGUGGCCAUCCCCACUGUCCCCAGCGGCAUCCCUCGUGCACUGCACUGUGUGUGGUGGGCUUUUUAAAUCAGUUUGAGGUGUCCGUACGCCACCCACCAGACCCAGAAGCUACAGGCCCGGUGAGGAAAGGGUUGAAAUGAGCGGCUUUGCUCACAGAGCGAGGCGUCCGGCAGUGUCCAGUCCCACAGACGCUCGGCAAACAUUAGUGCACACACCCCACCCCCGGUCCCCACCCGCUUUCCUCUUACAGCCCCAAGCACAGGGCUGUGGCACCGGAAGCCCCCAGUGGGAGAGGCCGGCCUCUGCGUGAGCUCCUUUGACUCACUGGGUUCUCCCAUCCCACCCCCCGACUCUGAUGAAUAAAAGGCUGCCCUUCCCUAGGACCAAGCUCUCCAGUAGAGGGAUGCGAACCUAGUCCUUUUAUAGACCCCAGGUGACCUAGAGCAGCAUCUGUUCUUUAAUCGGCUCUUUCCUCUGCUGAAGAAACAACGUUAGAGGAAGAGGGGAAGAGGUUAAAAAAAAAGAAGAAGAAAAAAGAAGAAGCAGGCCCAGGUCAACCGUGCAGUUGGAGCCUGGGAACCACAGGUCCAUGUGCUUCUGCUCAGCGGGUCCUUGCUGCCCCAUGUGGGCGUUUGCGCCCGUGUCUCUGCGCUCAGGGCCUCUUUCAUGAUGUUUUAGCUGUUUCCAAGGGGAGGGGCGAGCAGGUGGCCAGAGGUGGGAGGCUGAGGCUUGACGCCAGUUACUGCUGUGAAGUGGAGUAUGUGGCUGAUGGGAUUCAGAAGGAAACGAAGGCUUGGGGCAAACCGACGGUUGUCUCUGGACUGGACUUGCAUUCUGGCCUUCCUGGCGGCUGAGUGGCUUGCAGGCUGUGGGAGCCAGCUGGCCUUGUCCUCUUCACCCUGGAACACUCAACCCGCCCAGACACCAGAUUGUUGGAUGUAAGGAAGGGAAGGUGAGGUUAGCACCGGUGCUCACGGGCUAAUUUCCCUCGACCAGACCUCGGGAAUUGCAAACACUCAUUUUUGAACAAGCUUGCGGUGGAGGAUUUGGGUCGUGAGUGUGCGUGAGUGGAGCAGACUUUCUUGGAAACGGGAGGAAGGAGAUGAGGAGGCUUAAGGAGCCGUUGCUGAAGGGCUGUGGUUGAUGACAGAGCCGCACCCCCGGGCUGGCCCCAGCUGUCAUCCCAGAUUCUCUGUCUGAUCCUGGGGCUCCGGUGGGUUGUGGGGCUCUUGCUGGCCUGCCCAGUUACUGCUAGGACAGGAAACAGAAGAAAAUAACCAGGCACCCACAAGUAGCAGAGAGAAUUCAACAGAGAGGCAAGGAUUCCUUCCGCAAGCCUAGCCCGGGACCUCACAACGCCAGCGUCAGCAAGUUUGCCACCAAACAUUCCAGCCCUGGUGACUUGGCAUGCUUCUCGCCCUGUCUGUGUUUUUUCUUGCUGGUGUGUCGUACAGACUUCAGAUGAGGAACCCCCAAAAGUGAGCAGGCCAGAGAUGUCUGUACCAAAUCGGAAAGGAAGGUAGAACUGUCCCUUUCUUUAGCCAAAGAACCCUUCUCAAAGACACCUCCGAAUAUGGACAAAAUGGCAUUCCUCUCUUUCCUUUCUGGGCAAUAAUGACAUCGUGAGUGAUCAAUUCCAUUUGUCUUUCUCUUUCCUCUUUAUCUCGACUUCUGGUUUUUUUGGGGGGGGUUUGGUUUGGUUUGGUUUUUUUGCAUUUAUUUCAAAACUGUACUUAUCUUUCAAGAGAAGUGGAGACUGGUCACACUAACACUGCUGCUAUCAGACUUGGAGGCACCGCACAAAUCCGUGAGCUUAGCCAACCUCGUGUUCCCCCGCGUGGGACCAAAGCUGACCUUCUGCCGGGAGGUUCGGCUGCGUUGGGGCGAGAUGCACGCUGGGGCUGGGCUCGGGGCGUCAGUACUUUCCCACUUCGAAUCUGCACAGACCAGACUCUGUGAAAUCUCGGUUGGGCUACUAGAGAAUCGAAGAUGGUGAAAUGACAUUUAAAUGCAAUAGGAACCUUUCAGCGGCUUUGGUGCCGCUGCUCAGUAGAGUAACCCAGCGCGGCAGAGGCUUCUCACAUUCUUGCAGCUUCCAGAAGCUCAGGAGAGCCAGAUCCAGGUGAUCCCUGCUCCUCAGACUCCGUGGGUGUUUACAAAGAGGGGACCUCCAGCAGGGCACACUUUCUCAGAAUACCGGUAGCAGAGGGAUCGUGCCAAUGCCCCCAGCUCGACUCCCACGGGCCUUCGAGAGCAUCCAAUCUCAGACCCUGCGUUAGGACGUUACGUUGACUGUCUCUUAUGCGUCAAGACUCACAAUGUCCCUAGUAAGUGAUAGCCAGCAUUCGUUGAAUGUUUUCAAUCUGCCGGGCCCCACGCCAAGCCCUGUGCCAGGGCAGCCUCACAGUCACCCCAUUUGCAACACCCCCACUUCUGACGAGGAAGCUGACACUCUUAAAAGUAGCAUGUGUAUAAGGAAAGAGAGUACAACAGUGGUCCAAAAUCUCCACAUUUCUAGUGACGUUUUUGUUAAUGAGGCCUUUACUGAGAUAUGAUUUUAUUUCUCUUUUUUAAUUAACGGCAACGCACGGCCUCCUAUUUCUGAAGAACCGUGUAACGAUAUUCCCAUCGACUGUGUGCCAAACACUGUGCUAAAAAUUGCUCACUGGUGAUCUCGUUUAAUUUACUCUUCAUCAUAACCCUAUGAAAUCAGCAAUAUCAGUCUCUACAGACGAGGCAGCUGGCGCGGAGGGCUGGGAACCCACCCAGGGUCAGACGGCUAGUCAGGGGGCCAGGCUUUCAAGCUGGGCCUGCCCAGAACCGAGCUCGCAGCCGUAGCCUCGGCCUCUCCCGUGUGUAAGUGCAGAGAAGGGCCCCAAAGGGACGAAGGGACGUCGCCCCGCGCCAUCCCUGCCCGCGCGUGGAACGCAGUAGGUCUGCUUGGAGAGCGCGUCCUGAGUCGGAUGCACGCAGAAGGGGCGGCAUUAGUUUGACUUUGAGAGAAAAUCGUAGGAGAGUUUCUUUCGCUUCGUGGUAGAAUUCAUUUUAGAUUCCAGUGGACCAGCUAGCUUUAGUAGUGCUGCUACAACAGACUCCUCGGAGAGUGAAGAAAAAAAACUGUUCUUUGCUUCUUUAAAAAAAAAAAAUAGUUUUUUUCUUGCUUAUAGUUAAUUCUAGAAAGGCAAUACUAAAGGUAUAUAUUUUUUUCAAAAUGCUAUUUUUUACUGCACUGAUUAAAUAUGACAACUCCGGUCUCUGUAAUCGAUCCGCUGUUCAGCUCUGGGUAGAACCAGAUGCGGGAUUCACACCAAAUUUGUAAAUACCGUGUGUGGGUCUGGUGUCCAGGAACUUUUUCCUUUGUGUAAAAAAAAAGAAGAAGAAGAAGAAGAAGAAGAAGGAAGAAGAAGGGGAAAGACAAGAUGACUUUUAGAAAGGGAAACAAAAGUAAUUUUUCUCUGAGAUAGCCUUCUCGAAGAAAUGGGAAGCAACGGUUGUAUAAACCGAGGAAAACCAGCCGACCCCGAGGACGUAGGAAGGUGAGUCUCUUGCCCAAGUAGGAGAUUAAUAGUAAUACAGAAGCAUUUUUAUCUCGGUUGAAAGGUGACAGGAUUUAGAAAUGCUUUAGAACUUUUUUAAUUUUUUAGAAAAACUCUUUAUUUGCUAUGAAACAUCUCGGUUGUUUGGGGUGGGUUUUUCGGUUCCUUUUUUAUUUUAAAAACGUCUUGAUUGCCUGGCUCUAGGCUUGUUUGCCUAAAUUCUUAGGUAGUUUACACAAGUUCUAGGGUCUUCUAGAACUUUAACUCCAUUGGAAGCAAACCCAACUAAUCAGAAUUUGAGAUCCUGGUUGGUUUCAAUAGGUGUUCUAGAAUUCUGACAGAACUCCUAAAGAUUUUUUUAAAGAAGGUUUUAGAUACAUUAUCUUACACAAACUGUGACCUAAUGGCAAUAAUUACCUCAAAUGUGGGCAUUCAUCCUGGUUUUAGCCUUUUUUUGAAAUCAUGUAGCCAGCUCGAUCGUGGGGUCUAACAGAAUGAACUCUGUGUGGGCUGAAAAUGAUUAAUGCACACACCCCGGUCUUUGUUGCUUAAGUAAAUUCUGAAAUCGCUGAUCCUUACAACAAAAAUUAAACCAAGGAAGAGGGUAUUCUUGCGUGUUGUAAUCCAGUGUGAUAUCCCAAUGCACACGUCAAGUAUAUAUGUUUUUAGCUACUGUAAAAUGCUGUUAGCCUUCUAAGAUAUCAAGAGAAUCACAUUUUCAGUGCGUGAACUAAAUAAUUGACUGUGGAUACUUAAGCAUAUUUCUGGCUACAUUUUAUAGUUAAAGUGUUUUAUAGUUUACAUUUAAACUGGUACUUUUUAACAAAAAUUUCUGUUUAUAACUGACAUCUUCAAACCCCAGUGAUGGCUUCUUUAGUUGGAGGCCACUUCCCCCCAAGGCAGGUGUGUUCUACCCACUGCGUUGUGUCGUGUAGCCCAACACGAGCAUUUCCCUCCGUGUCAUGGUCUCCACGUGAACGUGAGAGAAUGUGGAAGGGUUUCCAGGUGAUGUCUGCAGCCUGGGCCAGAUGCGAAGCCCUUGGGCCACGUUGUAUCAACACUUGUCUUCAAGGCCGUCUCUUUGAUAGCUUGUAAGAGGCAGAGAGAACAGAUACCUGGUUCGUCGAUUUUGUCUUAUUUUGAAUGUUUAACUUAUUGAUUGAUCCACUGACUUCCGGUCACUAGGCAGUAGGAGACACUGGGAUUCAGGUGGCCCGAGGGUACAGCCGCCGUUUCUGGGCCCCCUGGCGAUGUUUAGGUCGGUGUUUUGCAGGGGAGAGUCACACACCCCUAUACCCACAGUCACUGGUUGUUUUUCGAUAUAUCUGCUGUCAUUUCUUCUUUUUCUCCUUUAAAACAAAAUAAAUGCAAAAGGAUGUUUACUUUCUACUCUGUGUCAAACUUGGAUUUGAAGCCUAGGUCAGUGGGACUGGGGCGUAGCAGGGGGAGGACCUUGAUUCCUAGAGGUCGUAAAUGUGGCUGACUGAGCAGGAAGAGGGGGGCUGGGGAACCGAGGCAGUGGGGGGCCACUGAGACCCGUCAGAGCCAAGCUCGUACUUGUAAGGGCAAGAGAGACACUUGGGAGCCAGGGCCCCGGUGUCCUGCAGGAACGGACUGGAAGAUGCAGGUUCCUCCAGAGUUUGGGCUCCUGUUUUGGUUUCUGUUGUGAGGAGGGUCUGCUGUGAUCUUAUCCCUUUAGCAGAUAAGACCUUGAAAACUGCGAAACACCUGGGCCCAGGGACCUGUUUGUGUGGCGGGUUUUUUUUGUUUUUUUUUAACGCAUUUGCUUUUUUCCUGUGAACUCUGUUGAUAGUAUGUUUUUAUUACGAUUUUUUGUUAGAAGUAUUACUGUAAAAUAUUUUUCCUCUUGUCCCCCUCCUAAUUAUACUCCCGCUUUCCUCUCGUUGGUUCUCCUCUUUGCUUUUAACUAACCAAAUGAAUUUCAUGUCACUGUCUUUGGGGCUUAACAAUAUUUUUUAAAACGAGAUAUAAAAAUUGGCUUUAAAAAAAAAGUAAAUAUACCGUAUCUGAAAAAGGGCUUGGCCAUCGUUCUCGUUCCCUUUCGGCCGGUCCCCACACGAAUCCCCCCCCAUAGCUGCCGCCGCCUCUUUGUGUUGGGCCACUAUCCCCAAGGCCACCUCGGCCUCUGCCCCGCUGUCCCCACAGCCCGACACCCAGGCACCCAGGAUUCCCAGGAAGCUCUCGAGAGCCAGGAAGGAGGGCCCACUUGGCCUUGUGAGUGGUGGUCUUGCCUCCCUGUUCGAUAUCUUCGCCUGCUUGGUUAAAGGGGCAAUCGACAUUAUUAUUAUUGUUAUUAUCGUUGUUAAUUUUAAUAGUUUGGCUCAGGUUAUAUAAGGCAGAACUUGGGAAGUGAGAAGUGACUUGACCAUGCCCAUCCUUUGUAGCUUCCUGUGACUUCUGAAUGGAACCUAAAGCAUCCCCCGCCCCACUCACCCCUGCUCCCUUCCAGGCGAACAUCCCCGUGGGCGCUGCCUCCACGUCACGUGGUUCCCCCCCACCCUCUCCCUCCCCUCACUUACAUUACUGCUCACUUAAACUUUCUUCCGUGGCUUCUCCAGGGCACAAUCACUUCGGCCCCCAAAGCAUCUCCUCACCCUCUGUGUGCGUAUCUGUUUAACCAAAUGAAGUAGACCAGGAAGUCACACUUUGGGGCAACAGAAUUUCUAGUUUAGUAGAGUCACUGUAUAGAUAUAGAUGUUGAUAUAUAUGUUUGUGUAUAUAUAUAUCAAACCAAAUUGCGGAUAGGAGAAGUAUAGCUUUAUGGAUGAGAAGGAAGAGGAGCUUUUGGAAGUCAGAGUCAGCGUCUGGCACACUAGACGGGGCCGCAGAUGGCCCCAGGCUGCACGUUCCGGACCCAGGCCUGAGGCGUGGCGCCAGCCCCUAGGUGGGUGGCCCCGAAGGCGGCCGCUGCUCCCUGUGGGUCGCCAGCAUCAAGGGCAUAGAUGAGUGGGGGAGGCCAUAAGUCAGAAUGACUGGAAUUUUCCAUCCCGUUUUGCUUUGACCACAUGUAUUGAGCUGCCGCCUCUGAUGGUAGAUCACGUUUCCAAAAAUGGCAUCCAUCAGGAUGGAAAGAGAACCGAUCUGUAGAAAUGUUUACCUUUCAACUGCCCCUGAAUUUAGGACACUCUGGAUAGAAAGACUCACUCCCCAGAAUGAGAACAGGGAAGAGGAGGCCUGGUGAUGCUCGGUCACCCGUCCAAGGGACGCGGCCCCCUCCCCACGGUCAUCUCGUCUCGAUCUUUCUCCACCAGGUCAUCUCAGCUCGAUAACCCUGUGAAAGCCCCGGUCUGUUGUGUUCCUUCACUGUACGGUUUCUGUAAUAAAAAGUGUUCAUCCACGUUAACCUUUGUGAAAAUUAUUGCGUGCAACAGUAUUUUCUCGUGUACCUCUUUUUCCUACGUGAAUCGUCCCUCCUUUCUUCUUUAUUUAUAAAUGUCUACUUUUUUUUUUUAAAGACAAACCAAUGUGUUGUAGACCUCUAUGUAACCUACUCCUUAGUCUCAUAUUAUAGGUAUGUUAUAAGAAUGGAUAUUUUACUUGGCUUUAGAAUGUUUUACAAGAAAAAUAAUUCUUAAACUGAUCAAGUCCUUGCUACUAAAAUGCUUGUGUUUUUCAUCAUGACGUCGUGUGCUUCUAAAUUAAUAAUCAUUUUCGUUGUAGAAAAAUGGAGUGAAUUUAUAUUAGUCUUGGAAACUAAUAAUAGCAUUGUAAAUUUAUGAGAUGAUUUUAACAGAAAAAAAAUUAUAGAAGAAUAUAGUUAUUUUAAUUGUAAUAUUACUAACUGUAGGGUGAGAGGGGGUCCUGUCGUGGUGAACUAUGUUAUAGCUUGUUACUCACAGUUUCUUUUUGAUCAUUUUUUCGGUCUCUGAGGUGAAACGAGUUAUUAAUUACAAUUUGUAAACUCACAUAUGCAUAUUGUAUAUGUGUAGAAAUGUAAUCACACUUUGUCUUGGAAUUACAUUAAACUGUUUGGAAUCACUGUA